AGGGUUUGGUUGGUUUGUAGCCCCAACCUGAAACCCAACAGGAAGAGUUAACAGCAGCAGCAGUGAACCCAUUUCACUCACCACAGCACCAGAAGCGCUUCUUCCUAAAGCAAAAAAGUUUUAGUGAAGAAGAAGAAGAAGAAGCUGAAGCAGAAGAUGCACUUUUGGUGCCUCUCCCCAAACCCAGAAGAAAUUGAGGUACACAUGAGAUUUUGAUUUGAUCUUUGUGCUUUAAAUCACUCCUUUCCCCUUGCAUAUUAUAUUCUGACUCUGAUGUGUUUAGCUGUAAAAAUAUGAUCUUUUUGAGAUUACCCACCCAGUAGUAGCCAACUCCUCUAUUACCUGGAUGUUUUGUAGUUCAAGGAGAGAGGGAAAUAACUAAGAAAGGUUGGAUUUUUAUGCAAACCCAGUUCAGAUGACAAGGGUUUUGGUCCCAAAUCAAGCAAGGAGAUGGUUUUUGUAGCUUCCUCACCCUCUAACACCAAUUGGGUUCUCUCCCAGUUUAAGAGAAAAUAUGGGUUUUUCCCUCAAUUUGCCCACUCUUAUUCUCAUCAACUCACUAGCUUUCAAAGAGACACACUCCCCUACUCAUCAAUUCCACCCCCACCCACCCCACCAUCUCCAACCACUAGAAUUAGCCCAGCUGUGCUCUUCAUCAUAGUUAUUCUCGCCGUCAUCUUCUUCGUCUCCGGCCUCCUCCACCUCGUCGUCCGAAUCCUCAUCAAGAAAAACGCGAACACGGGCUCCCGAAACCGCCCCACUACUCACCAGGAAGCAGAAGUUUCGGGCUCCGAUGCGCUUCAGCGGCAGCUCCGGCAGCUAUUCCAUUUACACGAUUCGGGCCUCGACCAGACCUUCAUCGACUCUCUGCCUGUCUUUCUGUAUAAGGAAAUUCUCGGCCCCAAGGAGCCCUUUGAUUGCGCCGUUUGUCUCUGCGAGUUUGCCGAGGACGACAAGCUUCGUCUGUUGCCCGUUUGCGGCCACGCGUUUCAUCUCAGUUGCAUCGACACGUGGCUUUUAUCCAAUUCCAGCUGCCCCCUUUGCAGGGCGGCGCUAUUUAGUGAGGAAUUAGAUGUUGAAGACCCUAUCUUUGAUUUCGAGGAUAUACGGGAGGAGGAGAGAGAUGGGUUUUCUUUUGCAGGGCAAAAAGCGGCGGAACCAGGGGAGGUAGUGGCGGAGAAGAGAGUUUUACCUGUGAGGCUCGGCAAGUUCAGGAAUUUGAGCAAAUGCGCUGAUGAUAAUGUUGUGGAUAAUGAGAAUAAUAACGAUAACAGUAACGAUAAUGGUAUUGUGAGAAGAGAAGAAGGGGAAAGUAGUAGUAGUAAUUUGGAUGCACGGAGGUGCUACUCCAUGGGAAGUUAUCAGUAUGUUCUUGGUGAUGUCAAUCUACAUGUUUCUUUACGCCACGGUGUUAAUAGAAAUGGAAAUGGCAGGAUCCGUAGAGACCCGGGAGUUAACGGGGUUUCGAUGAGUAACGAUGCUUUGGAGGGGAGGAAAAUAUGUGCUAGGAGCAAAGGUGAGAGCUUUUCUGUAUCAAAGAUCUGGCAAUGGUCUAAUAAUAAGGGGAAUUUUCCGAUUACAUCUUCUGAUGCUCCUUACAUAGAUCGGAGCUUGCCGUGGGUGGGUAGAAGUGUAGGGGAUACAUAAAAACGUGCUUGUAUUUGAUAAUUGGUGAUUUUGUUAGUAAUAGUUGAUCAAUUUCGCAAAUUUACGUUUAUAUUUUACUUCUU